AUGGCCUGUAACCAGUCGGAAAUAGGCGAGUUCAGCCUUAGUCUAAAGAGCUUCGUAGACACUCUCACUGAAGAGCAGAAAAACGACUUUAGAUUUUCUACUCUCGAAGAUUUCAAGACUACUGCUGCUGCCAUUCAGAACCUACAGGGUUCGGGGAAGAAGAUGCGAAAUCUUGCUCGGCUAAGGUGUUUUCUCGAGGCAAUGGAGCAGUACGGCAAAGUGAUUGAAGUCUUCGUCAAUACAUCGGAAAUUGUCGGUUUUAUUUGGGUUGCUAGUGCCUAUACCGAGGCAUUUGACUCGUUGCUUGACGCUUACCAACAGAUUGGGGAAAGUCUGCCACUAUUAUCUCAAUACCAAGCGUUUUUCCAGCGUAACCCAAACAUGCGUAAGGUAUUAGCACUAAUCUACAAUGAUGUCCUCGAGUUUCACAAGAAAGCGCUAAAAUAUUUUCGCCAGCGAAGUAAGUUGAUUAAGAAGCCCAGACUAGUUACCCAACCUAAAUAUCCUACAGCAUGGCAACAACUUUUCCACGCUACGUGGAAAACAUUUCGAACCGAGUUCUCGGGACUAUUGGCGAACAUACAACGGCACGGACGACUUGUUGAAAGCCAAGCGAACUUACUCGAGUUCGAGCAGCUGUUCCAUCAGAUGGAAAUGGGACGAGCGGCAGCGGAGGCUGAAUUUCAGAGGCAUAAAGAAGAGGAAGAAAGAAAGAGACGCAUCGCCGUGCAGAAUUGGUUAUCCGCAGUCAGCACAGACGUUGACCAGGAGAGGGGCGUAACUACACGUAAACAGAAUCCUGGUAGUGGUCGUUGGCUCAUCGAGAACAACCACAUACGAAACUGGUUCAAUCCCGAAUUGUGUUCAGCGCCCUUGCUAUGGAUUAACGGUAGACCUGGAGCAGGUAAAACGGUUCUUGCAUCUCUCAUAAUUGAAGAAUUACUGAAACAGCGGUCGACUCAUGCUAUGACUCUCGGCUUCUUUUACUGCAAAUACAAAGAUGCCCAAAGAAGCACCUUCAACGCCGUUUCAAGGGCAAUCCUGGCUCAGCUAUUGAGCCAGAACGAGGCCCUACUGCCUUAUCUAUUUGAGAAAGCCUCAACAAGCGGACAAGUGGUGCUAGAAUCUCCUAUGCUCACGAAGGAACUUCUCGAAACAGCGCUGAAAAGCUCAGAAAUGGUCUACAUCGUUCUUGAUGGUCUGGAUGAAUGCGAUCCAAAUGAGAAGAAGGCAAUUAUAUUAUGGUUUAAAUCAGUCAUUACUGCUCUUCCCGAUACUGAAUUCGACAGUAUUAGAUGUUUGUUCAUCAGCCAGGAUGACGGAGAGGUUGGGAAUCUGCUUUCCGGUAUUCCAGCUAUUAGUAUUAAGCCUGAAGACACGAGAUUGGAUAUUCUAACUUACGCAACUAUCUGGAGCCAAAAGAUACAGAAAAAGUUCGAUUUGCUAGAUGACAAAAGAGAAGACAUCCUAAAAACAGUGGUUGAAAGGGCGGAUGGUAUGUUCCUCUUCGCAAGAUUAGUGAUGGAAAACUUCUUUAGUCAAACGAGGAGGGAGAACCUCAACAAGGAACUUGAGCCAAAUAGGUUUCCCCGUGGUUUAGAAGAUGCAUAUGCCCGGAUAGUUGAUCGUAUUCUGGGGGAUCCAUCGACAAAAGAAGAUGCUCAACGGUUACUCGGCUGGCUUGUUUGCGCAAAACGCCCUCUAAAGUGGCGCGAGAUCCAGGGGGCAGUAUCAAUCAACCUCGAAGCCAAGGAUGUUGAUCUCGAGGAGCGAAAAUUGCGAGUGAGUUCAAAGGCCCUUUGCGGGUCUUUAGUCGAGCAGCAUUUAGAUGGUUCGGUUGAGCUGGUCCACCUCACCGCUCGCUUCUUCCUUAUAAAGCAAAAGUAUAUAAACCUCGCUUCAGUUGAAUUCGAACUAAUCCGACUUUGUCUUGGGUACCUAAACUUUCGAUGUUUCCAAGGGAGCAUACCUGAGUCGGAGAUCAAAGACUUCGUUUUGAAGGGUUACUAUUCAUUCCUCGAGUAUGCUGCUUUACACUGGGUUGACCAUUUGGAAAAGUGGAUACCCGGAAGUAGUCACCCGGAGUCAGUUGCCUCUAUGGAGAGCCUAAUUCAAGACUUCUUGGAAAACUUCUGGUCAAAGGCAGAAUAUCAAGCUGCUGUGCCAAGUGAAACAAAUUCAAAAUUCGCGCAAUUUACGUCAUACGAGUUUGGUAACCAACUUAGGAGGGCUGCACUCACUUGGAAGAGAUUGCAGAAAACUUACGGCGCCGGUAUUACUAAUUCCGAAUCUUUGCAAUUAAUUGAGCGGAUAUCCAAAGUGAGGAUAGUUCUAGAAGAAACAUACGCUUCAUCGAAUGGAAAUGGCGUCCUGGAACGCAGCUUUAUGACUUUCUACGGUCCAGACCUCUUCAAGUGCCCCCGCCUCAGCUGCAAAAAUUUCACCGACGGCUUCUCCACUAAAGAAGCCCGUCAUCAACAUCUUCAAAAGCACGAGCGGUCAUUCUAUUGUACCUAUCAUGGGUGCCUUUACGGAACCUUAGGUUUUCAGUCAAACAGAGAUUUGAAUCGGCAUCUGACAGAUUUUCACGAGGCACGACAAUACGAGUCGGGAUUUCCGAUAACACAGGAUCCGAAAGAUAUUAAUAUUAAGCAAGCAAUCCGCGCUGGUUCCAUAAAUGAGGUUGAGAAAUGGUUGGAGCAGUUCAUCGAAAUUCCCAAAAAGCCGGAUCCAAAACUUUAUCAGGAGGCUAUGCACGCAGCAGCCAAAAAAGGAGAUGAAUCAAUUUUCAGGCUCCUCUUAGACAGUGAGCCGAAUAUAUCCACGACAGAAAUCAGCCUCCUGUUCAGUAGCGCUUUGUCAAACAAGCAAGAUACGAUAGCAUAUAUCCUUCUUGCUCAUCCUAAAGCUAACCCCUUUGACUGUUCUUCAAGAAAAAAAGAAUCUCCUACCGCUACCGCUGUUCGGCUCAGGAGGAUUGACGUUCUGAAGCGCAUCGACCUAAAUUCGAAGGAGUCUAAUAGCGAGACGCCGCUAUCGCGUCGAAGUAAAUUCGAAGGACUCCAAAGGUCGGACGCCGUUAUCGCAGGCUCUAGAAAAUGGACAUAUUGA